UAAACCACCAAAUAAUGUACUACUGUCUUUCAAGCGAUUGAAACACAAAAGUAAUCAAAUCAGUAUAUUGAGAGUGUAAUGAAGAGAUACAUAGCCAAGAAAAUGAUUAUUUCAGAAUAAAAUUGCAUUCAGUGGCUCUGAAUAGCGACAUCUUCAUGUGGUGGCUUAGCACAAGUUGCUUUUGUACAAAUAAUUCAUAGUCGUAUAAUGCAACAAACAAAUUGUCUAUCUUGGUGGAAAAAGUCCAUUUGGCCAUAUAUAUGAAGAGUCCUUCCUACAAAAAGAUCUCUGUGCUGUGUACUUCAUUAUUCAAUUCGGCGGAAUUUGUUUUUAAUCAAACCGUAAUAUUUGUUUUAGGUCAACAAAGUCCAGUUAGCAGUGAAUCUGCUACGACAGCACGAGCAUCCAGCGUGGGGGAUACUCAUGUACUGUCCAAAAACAUUAGUAAUACACUGAGGCGUGAUCAUGUAUAUAGAUCUUCUGAUGAAGAAGAAAUGAAUGCCAGCCCUACAAACGACAAUGUGAUGUUUAAGGAGAAGAAAGACUACCUAAAUUUAGGAUUCUCCUUUGAUCAUUCCCCAGUCGAAACAACGACCGAACUGUAGAUAUUUUAAAAUUUUGUAUAGUAACAAAGUAUAUUUAUGGUAUUUUCAAGAUGAGACUUUGAGGUUUAGGUUAAUUUUGUAAUAAAUUUUAUCAUAUUUUUA